AAACACCAACCACUAACUCCACAACAACCCAAACCUCAUAGAACUGCCCUCUCUCCUCCCUAAUCUUGGCCGUGUCUCUUCUACCCACACGACUCUCUUUUUCUCUUCUUCUAUACCUCGUCUUACCUUUCUUUUACUCUUUUGCUUCUACAUUCAUUUGAGAGAAAAUUCUCAACCUUCGUCUCGUUUUAGUCUUUCGACCAUGGCCGCUCUCUGAUCCACUGCCGGGGCUUUAGACGUGUCUGUCGCGUGUCGAGCUCUAGCUUUCUUACCCCUCCUCACAAGACGAUUGGGCUUAUUGUGCCCGAUCAUCCUUUCUGAAUGGCAGCUGUUUCUGUUCCUCCCUCACCCCAAGCACUGCCAUCUACCAUGUCGUCUCGAAGGGUCCCUCUGGCAAACGUCCCGAAUGCCGCCAAUUCUCCAUAUAGGGCCGUGGCAGCUGCAGCAGCUUCAAAACGAUCUCGAUCCCAAAGUAGCGUCCAACGCGAGCUCCCAUACGGUCAAGCACCGCCAGCAAAAAAGCUCAUGUAUGAGCUCAACCCGUCGAACUCGCUCGAAGCGAGCAAACAACAACAACUGGCUCAGAGUGCCGAGGGUCGAGUCUUCACCAAAAGGUCUACAAACUCGCAGCCCACUGCAUUUGAAAGAAGACUAGUUGCUGCACGUGAUAAGGCUGUACAAUUGAAGACGGCAAAGAAUGAAAAGAUUGUCAAUGAAAACCUUGAAACUAUUCGACAAUGGCAAAAACAUUAUCGAAAAGUCUUUCCCCAUUUCACCUUCUUCUUUGAGAGCAUUCCAGAAGAUAUACGGGUCAAAUGUUCCAAGCAGAUCAAGGCCCUAGGAGCGCAAGAGGAAAAGUUCUUUUCCAAGGCUGUGACACAUGUUGUCACAACCCGUCCGAUCCCUCCUGAACUCGAUGCAAAAACUGCAGCCAAUUUAGAUCAUACGCCUGCCGUGAAUACUGCCCAAGAGGAUCAGACGCGCGUCGACCAACCUGAUCAACCUCGCACCAUCGACCCGUCUCUACUGGAACGAUCGUCAGAUGCAACCCACGCCCAGUCACAAGCGUCUCAGUUGAGGUGCAAGUUCACUUUUGAAGCCCCAUUAGGUCGGAAAAUCCCGACCACGCUGCCUUUUCAGGAUGCACACUCUAAGAAACAGCAGGGUAGUAGCGGUGACGUGCUACAUAGAGCCAGAGAGAUGGGAAUGAAAAUAUGGGCUCUAGAAAAAUUUCAGCGUAUGAUGACAACGCUGUUUGAUACGGAUACUGGUUCUUAUCCGCAGCACACCCACAACACAAGAGGGAAUGCCGCUGCAACGGCUGCUGGCACCAAGCUAGAUGCCCUGUCUGUCCUCCUGCGUAAUGAGAAGCUGAAAGGCCCCGCGGACCGAGAUCCUACCGUUUCCACAAAAGAACUUAUUCAUUUUCGAGGCCCUUUCAUCUACAUUCAUGACAUGGAGGAAAAAAAUAGACCUAUCAUGGUGAGGGAAUACCCAAAAGUCGCCCAUCGUGAGGAUGGCGAAUGGCCGCAAUUUCGCAGUGUGGGUAACGGAAGAUGCCCCUUCAUCCAUGACGGCUCUAGUAAAAGAGAUCGUGAAAAGGAGCGUGCGCGGCUCCGGGAAGUUGAAGCUCAGAAGAGACUGGAGACAGCACCGAAAACUCGAGCAGUAACGGCACUGGAAGCUUCCAGACAACAAUCUGCGGUCGUUGAGACAGAGAAGCGAGAUUCAAAUCAAGUGGAACCCACAGACAAACCUACUUCGAAGCAGACGCCAGAAAUGCCCAGUGUUAAAUUAUUUGAGCCACCAAAAGCCGUUCCCGCAAAGCGAGGGAGCCUUGAUAGAGUUGCGCGCGAAUCCCAACCUACUACGUAUUCUGCUUUUGGCGGACUUAAUGGGCUAUCGCGCCUACAUGGGGGCGAGCCUGUUGCCUCCGGCGUGCAACCAUCUAAUAUCACUUCAGCAAUCAGAUCUCAGAUGAUCUCGUCUACGGCCGCUGCACCCGGCGCAAAAGCUGGCACUAGCAAAGAGGUCCAGGAGCUGAAAAGAAAGGUCCUCGAGCGGAACAGUGUCCCAUCAGCAAAUAGUGUGUCCUCUUCUUUCCGAGUGACAGAUGCUGCUGCGGCCGCGGCGGCUGCUGCCACGACAAGGCAUAGUCGACCUAUCCCGCAAACUCGAUUGGCCAAGAGAAAACCAGACGGCAUUCAUGAUGAACUUGGCGACAUUGAAGAGGAACCAACCCCGUCUGAAGAGGAAGAAGCCGCAAGAAGGCAACAAGGGGUUCGAAAAUUUCGCGAGCCCCAGAGAAGGGUUGAACGGAAGGAGCCUAAACCAGGAUAUUGCGAGAACUGCCGAGAGAAAUUUGACGAUUUUGACGAGCAUACUUUCUCGCGUAGGCACCGAAGAUUUGCCCUUUCGUUGGACAACUGGGCCGAACUCGAUGCUCUCCUUGCCCAAUUGGAUCGGCCGCUCAAGGGAAUGUGACACCUAACCAAAUCUGCCUUACCUUCGAACUUAUCGAAACCUUGAUCUGUCACUCCUCAGGAGCCUGUUAUUGCGAUAUUCCGUCACAGCAGUGUUCGGAGGCAAGUGGCGCAGCUUACACUGAUUCUUCUACCCAUUCUCUUUAUUCUUUUCUUUUUUUAUACUCUUAUCUCUAGAGUCGGACCAAGCCCGAUUUUGAGUUUGUUUUCUCUGCUUUGUUAAUUUUUUUUUUUUUUUUUUU